UUGAGUUCCUCAAGUGAAAGACUGAUGUCAAAGUGUCAACAAACUCAUCAAUAUCAGCUUAAAACCCCCUUCAAUACAAAAACCCAUUCCUAUCUAUCACCUACCUACUUCUUCAAUAAACGUACAUUCAUUGCUCACUACAAUCUAAACAUAUACUCAUCACUGCCGAAAUAUACCUCAUAGCCGGAAAUUAUGAUUCUCCGGCGACCCUUUUUCGCCCUCCUGCUCCUGAUUUUUCUUCUAAAACGAACCCAUUCUUUCCCUUUUCCUAAAAAGCAUGACAAAAUAAAAGGCCCCAUUAAGACAAUUGUUGUUUUAGUCAUGGAGAAUCGCUCAUUCGAUCAUAUUUUCGGGUGGAUCAAGAAAACCCGACCCGAUAUUGACGGAUUAACGGGUCAAGAAUUUAACUAUCUGAAUGCUUCUGACUUAAGUUCACGGAAAAUCUUGGUGACUGACAAAGCGAAUUUCAUUGAUUCGGAUCCAGGUCACUCAAUUCAAGCAAUUCAAGAGCAGGUUUUCGGGUCAAAUAGUUCUUUUUUUGACCCGGCUCCGAUGAAUGGGUUUGCUCAGCAAGCUAAUAGUAUGGGUGUUGAUGGGUUAGCUGAAACGGUUAUGUCCGGGUUUAAACCUGAGUUUGUACCGGUUUAUACCGAGUUAGCGGACGAGUUCGCUGUGUUCGAUAGAUGGUUUGCUUCGGUUCCGGCUUCUACUCAGCCGAACCGGUUCUUUGUUCACUCUGCCACGUCUCAUGGAGCUUCAAGUAAUGUAAGGAAAGAUUUGAUUAAUGGGUUUCCGCAAAAAACUAUUUUUGAUUCGUUGGACGAAAACGACCUUAGUUUCGGAAUUUAUUACCAAAAUGUACCUACUACUAUGUUUUUCAAGAGUUUAAGGAAGUUGAAGCAUGUGAAUAAAUUUCAUAAUUUUGAUUUGAAGUUUAAGAGUGAUGCUAAGAAUGGUAAGCUUCCGAAUUAUGUUGUGCUUGAACAAAGAUACUUUGAUAUAAAACUUUUUCCGGCUAAUGAUGAUCACCCGUCGCAUGAUGUUGCGUUAGGGCAGAUGUUUGUGAAGGAGGUAUAUGAGGUGUUACGAGGUAGUCCACAAUGGAAAGAGAUGGCAUUCUUAAUUACGUACGAUGAGCAUGGUGGGUUUUUUGAUCAUGUGCCAACGCCUGUUUCUGGUGUGCCUAAUCCGGAUGGAAUUAUUGGACCGGACCCUUAUUACUUUAGGUUUGAGCGUUUGGGCGUGCGUGUUCCUACAUUGUUGAUUUCACCAUGGAUUGAUAAAGGCCUUGUGAUCCAUCAGCCAAGUGGACCAACCCCCUUCUCUCAAUAUGAACAUUCAUCUAUCCCUGCAACUGUGAAGAAGCUUUUCAAUCUAGAAUCCAAUUUCUUGACGAAACGAGACGCAUGGGCAGGAACUUUUGAAAAUUACUUCUUCCUUCGUGAUAGUCCACGUGAUGAUUGUCCAGAAAAGCUUCCAGAGGUUAAGAAAUCAUUGAGAUCUGGUGGACCAAAUGUACAAGCAAGACUCUCUGAAUUUCAAGUCGAAUUAAUUCAGCUUGCCUCUCAGCUUAACGGUGAUUAUCUUCUGAACACUUAUCCAGAUAUUGGCAAAAGCAUGAAUGUGGUCGAAGGCAACAAUUAUGCAGUGGAUGCAAUUGAGAGGUUUCUUGAAGCUGGAAGAGCUGCUUUGAGAGCUGGAGCUAAUGAUUCUGCUAUGGUGACAAUGAGACCUUCCCUUACAAGCCGUACAUCAGGGGAAGAGAAGAGUAAUUAUUUGAGUUCAUAUUGAUCUUUGCCGAUAUCUACGCUAAGCUGUAUAGAAGUAUCUGAGGACCCCUUUAAGUGUAUAUUGAUACAGUUUCUUAAGAAUACCGAUACAGUUGCUUAAGAAUACCAAGUGUUAUAGGCCACUGAAGUAAAACCUCUUACAUGUAAUAUGCAUGCGUUUAUGAUAUAAGAGAACAAUUGGUAGUUUUAUUGA